CGCCGGCGGACGUUGCUGCAGCAGCCGCCGCCUCCGCCGCCGCCACCCGCGCCGCGGCCUGUGCUGGGCUGAGGCUGCCCUUGGUCCGGUCCCACCCCCGGCGGCCUGGCGCCUCCCUCGCGCCCUCCCCGCCGCGGUGACUCACGGAGCGGGAGGCGGAGGCUGCGCUGAGGCGGAGGCGGCCCGGCUGCUGCUAUUGCUGCUGCUGCUGCUGCUCCCGCUGCCGCUGCCGCUGCCGCUGCUCUCGCUGCUGCCACCGCCGCCUCCGAGCGGAGCCGAUCCGAGAGCGCGCCCCGGAGCAGGCCGGGCCCGCAGCCCCGCGCUCCGGUCCCGGGGCCGGCCCAGGAUUCUCUCAUCACUGCCAAGUCCUCUUCCUCCUGGUGGGUCAGUUUUCUCUCUGCCAAUUGAGGACAGAAGGCACACGGAAGCAGGGCAGCAUCUCCUUUUCUCCCAGCCUGUGAUUCUUCUGGACUCUGUUAAAUAUCCAUCUGGUUGACGCUGAUUUCUAAAAGCAGGAAUCUCUGGAGUUGGACUGAGGGGAAUGAACCGUGAGGGAGCUCCCGGGAAGAGUCCGGAGGAGAUGUACAUUCAGCAGAAAGUUCGGGUCUUGCUCAUGCUGAGGAAGAUGGGAUCAAAUCUGACAGCCAGUGAGGAAGAGUUCCUGCGGACAUAUGCAGGGGUAGUGAGCAGCCAGCUGAGUCAGCUCCCGUCACACUCCAUUGACCAGGGUGCAGAGGACGUGGUCAUGGCAUUUUCCAGGUCGGAGACAGAGGACAGGAGGCAAUAGCCACAAAGAAUCCUGGAAUCCCCUGGAAGCUAAGAAGGGCCAUGAGAGCUCUGCCAGUGAGAAGCUGGCUGAUUGCACCAGGUUCCCUGUCCUUCCCCCUCCUUCCCACUCUUUAAGCCCCCAAACCCCUCUUACCCUGCCCUGGAAAGCACCUUCCAGCCCCACUACUCAGCUGGCUGUGUUAUCAUGGGAAAGACCAGUGGUGCACAUGGGAUUGGCUCAAAGGGAUGGACUCUGCAAUUGGCUACAGGGAGAAAUCUUUUUAUUUUUUAAAUCCUGACCAAUGGAAACCUUUUCUUUUUAUUUCUGCCUUUUUCACCACCUCAUCCUUUCUCUUGCUAUCUGGGCACAGAACUUCCCAGGAAGCUCUCCUAUGCCUUGGUGCUUUAUUUAGGUCAUUUUUAGGAAUGUGAAAAGGUUUUGAUUGGCUGCCUAAAACUGGAAACAACUCUUGAUUGGCUGGUGAAAGGAAAACUCUUCUCUCUUUGAUUGGUUUCAGGUAUUCUGCUGAGCUCAACAACUUGAUUCUGAGUACAGAGAACAGGGUUUGGGGCAUUGGCUGUUACAUUUGACUUGAAAAAAAAAACAAACAAAAAAAACCAA